UAAAGAGCCAUUAGAGCUCUAGUGGAGGCAAAGCAAAGCACCAUUCGCCUGCAGCUCGCUUUUCUGCGUGUGUUUGGACCUAAAAACUCAAUUUCUUGGAAUCUAUCAAGCUAAAAAUCAAGGACUAGCUGUAUUUCAACACCCCGGAUCGAAGCCCGAGGCGAAAUGUGGGUUUUCCAGCCGCUUUUGUCGCUGGAUAUGGAGUAGAUCAGAACUGUUCUCAUGAAACCGGCCUGUCUGUGGAUCUCCAGUGUGUGUGUGAAUGUGUGUGUGCAUGGGUCUGUGUGGAUGUGUGUGUAACCCCAGUACAUUUCCUUGGAGGGUUGUUUUAGUGUCUUUUGGAUCUAUGGGAUGCAUGUAAAUCGGGCUGGAUCCUCCGGGGGGGCAACAAUGUGGGUUACUGGGAAGGGGAAGCCAACAGGACCCUAAGGCUUGUGUAAAUGUGCCUCCUGACCACCCGAGUCGUCUGAGAAGGUCAGACCUCACUGUGGCACCCUUGGGCCGCUGGCACUAAGAUGUCCCUCAGUAGUGGCACUGCAGGCGGGAAAGGUGUGGACUCGAAUGCGGUGGACACUUACGACAGCGGGGAUGAGUGGGAUAUUGGUGUAGGCAACCUGAUCAUUGACCUCGACGCAGAUUUAGAGAAAGACAAGCUUGAGAUGUCUGGCACCAAGGACGGGGACGGAAUGGCUGCUGCCUCGAGUGCUGUAGCGGCAUUGCCAGACAACAUAAAGUUCAUUAACCCAGUGCCGCCUCCGCCAAUUAAGGACAGCAAAUCCAAAGCUAAGCGUAGCAAGAAUUCCAAGGACAGUACUAAGUCCUCAACCCCAGAUGGGGUCAAGAAGGAUGCCCAGGGACGGACUCAAAAUGAGGGCGCUGGGGCAACUGCUGGAAAUCUACCUUCCGGGAAAGGUUCUGAUAAAACUAACAAGGCCUCCCGUAAUGCUCAGAGUGGAAAAAAGGACAAAGAAGCUUCUGGGAAAAGUAAAAAGGAGAAAAACGAAGGAGUACAAACUGGGAAUGUGCCACCGGAAAAGGACUCGUUGGUCCAGGUUAUACCUUUGGGCCAGGCACGCAAUACCCCAUUUGAGGGGACGCAAAAUUCGGACCUCGUUGGUGCUGACCAACUAGGAAAUAUUACCCUUGAUACCACUGGAAUAAUCACACCUUUGGCUAUCAAGAGCGAGCCAGAAGAAGUGGAAAAUAAUGAUUGCAGGACCAUGAAGAAAGUAAAAAGCGAGAAGAUGGAGUCUCCGGUGUCGACGCCGGCUCCUCCACCUCUCCACCUCCUGGCUCCAGUUGGAAACAGUGAAAUCUCCUCGUCCUGUGAGCAGAUUAUGGUCCGCACGCGCUCAGUAGCCGUCAACACCUCAGAUGUGGCUCUGGCUACUGAACCCGAAUGUCUGGGACCCUGCGAACCCGGAACCAGCGUCAACCUGGAGGGCAUCGUCUGGCAGGAGACGGAGGACGGUAUGCUGGUAGUGAAUGUCACCUGGAGGAACAAGACGUAUGUGGGCACUCUUUUAGACUGCACUCGACAUGACUGGGCGCCGCCACGAUUCUGUGAGUCGCCAACAAGUGACCUGGAGAUGAGAAACGGCCGUGGCCGAGGUAAAAGAAUGAGACCCAACAGCAAUACGCCAGUCAACGAGAACAGCAACUCUUCUGAUAACAAAGGCAGCAACAACAGCAAAACACGGGCAGCGUCUAACAGCAAAGGCCGCAGGGGCAGUCAGAACUCCUCGGAGCGCCGCACACCACCAAACAGCAACACUGAGGAUGUAAAAGCCAGUCCUUCCUCCGCUAACAAACGCAAGAACAAACCUCCGUCAGACAUGGAGCCCAAUUCCAGUUCAGAGGAUACAAAGGGUAGCAAACGCAUGCGCACCAAUUCAAACAGUGGGAUACCUCAUACAAUUCUUCCCCUUUCCAAUAUUAAAGCGGAAUCAUUGCCACCUUCAUUGGACCGCAGUUGCUCCUCUCCAGUCCUUAUUGACUGCCCGCAUCCCAAUUGCAAUAAGAAGUACAAGCACAUCAAUGGACUGAAGUAUCACCAAGCUCGUGCUCACAAUGACGAUGACGUUAAACUGGACAUAGACGGCGAUAGCGAGAAUGGCGAGGAUUCGACUUUGCAUCCCGAGCCAGGCAGUUGCAAUGGUGCAACUAUUUCCCAGAAGGGCUGUGCAUCUCCUGCACGGUCAGUCACUCCAAAAGGACGAGGAAUUGAUGCUCAGAGUCCAUCGCCGUCUGGAAAGAUGAGCUCCAAACAGCCUGGCAAGAAAAAAGCGGAUGCAGAGCAUGACUCUGGAGUGCCCAUGGAUGGUUGUGAGGAUGGACCAUGUCUCACUGAUGACACUAGCAAUGAUGGGAUCGAUGAUAAAAGAGGUUUGGAUAAAACUAAGAAGGCUGGGAGUGGUUCUAAGCUUGCUCAGAAAGCAAUGAAGUCAGCAAGACCACCGCUAGUUCCCUCAUUGCCUACGCAGCAACUGUACAACUUGCCAACCUCUGGAUUCCCGGCGCCCAGUUCUGGUUCGUCCUCAAGUAUGGGAUCUGUAGUGGUUCAGCCGAUUAGUAAAAGCCCGCAGCUGAAAAACAUUCAACCCAAACCUGCACUUAUAGCAGAUCCAGCUAUAAACCAAGCUUUGAGUGGCUCCAAGGACAAGAAGAAGAAAGAUAAGAAAAAGAAGGAGGCUGGAAAGGAAGGAGACAGUCCGAAAGCGAAAGGAGGGAAACCUGAGGAAGGUAAAAGCCCAUAUUCUGAGAGUUCAGACCAAGGCGGGAGGAGUGAAGGGAUGUUAAAUGGAUCCUCAGAUCCACAUCAGAGCCGCCUUGCAAGCAUGAAAGCUGAAGCCGACAAGAUAUACAGCUUUUCUGACAAUUCCCCUAGUCCUUGCAUUGGUGUGGCUAGUCGGAUCGAAACCGGAGGGAUUGCACAACCUCUAACUCCACUUCACGUGGUAACCCAAAAUGGGGCGGAUAACUCUUCUGUGAAGACCAACAGCCCGGCAUAUUCUGACAUUUCUGAUGCAGGCGAGGAUGGAGAAGGUAAAGUCGACAGUACGAAAGUCAAAUCUGAAGAUCCGGCAGUUCGGGAAGGUGCCAAGAAAUCCCUGUUCCCAUCCCAGCCGCCAAACAAAGACUCCUCCUAUUAUCCAGGUUUUGAAUACUACUCCCCUAAUAAUAAUACUUAUGGCAACCCCAGUCCGGGAGUCUCCAAUACUGCAACAUCACUGCAAGAAGGUGCAGUGAAGGUAAAAAAAGAAGAGGAGCCAGAAUUGCAAAGCAUUGAAAAACCCAAAUUGGAGCCUCCAGAAGAUCGAAAGCCAGAUGUUGUUGUUGGAUCUUCUCAACAGCAGCAGCAGCAGCAGCAGCAGCCUUCGGUUAUUCAGCAACGCUCCAGCAUGUUCAUGCAACCGCUUUAUUAUAAUCAGUAUGCAUACGUGCAUCCCUUUGGAUAUUCUCCAGAUCAGGCCUAUCACAACCACCUGAUGAACCCAGCAUACAGGCAGCAGUGUGAGGACCGACAAAGACAAGCAGCCGAGCAGCAUCGAGCCGCUGAGAAAAAAUCUGAAGCCGCUCAGAAGGAGAGGGAAGCUCAGAUGAAGCCAGAGGAGUGGAAACAGAAAGCUUCAGUUCCUCCUACGUUGUCUAAAGCUCCAAGUGUUUCAGAUUUGGGCAAGCCGUCUCCGCAGGGCAAGCCCAAAGAGUCUACAGAGCCUGGAAAAUCAGUCAUUAUCCCUAAAGGGGAAGAUGGCAAGGGGACGAGCCAGCAAGGUGAAGGGUUGAAAAUGAAGCUGAGUGAAGCAGGGCAUCAUGGGAAGGAUGAGCAGAAACCAGGCCUGGAGCCUGGAAGAUCGGCUAUGGAGCAGGCAAUGUACAUGUAUAGACAGGAGCCAGAUUCUCGAUUGUGGCCCUAUGUUUACCCCAGCAAGUACCCUGAUGCUCAAAAACAAAUUGACGAGGAGCGAUGGAAGGAAGAGCGAGAACGGGAUCGUGAGCGAGAAAAGGACAGAGAUAGAGACCGCGAGAGAGAACGAAAGAGUAAAGAUGAAAGGCAGCGUCCCAAAGACACGCCAUUAAAAGAAGAAAAUAAAGAAGAACCACGAACUUCAUCGUCCGCAGAGGAGCACAGAGUCAAUAAAGACCCACGAGCACACAUGCAGUUUUCCACACCUCUGGCACAGCAUCAGUCGUAUAUGUCUUACAUGCAUGGAUACCCCUACGGACAGGGUUACGACCCCAACCAUCCGGGAUACAGGGGCAUGCCUGCGGUUGUGAUGCAGAAUUACCCUGGAUCGUACCUGUCGCCGGGCUACUCUUUUUCUCCAUACGGCAGUAAGAUGGCACCUGGGGAAGAGGCUGAGAAAGCUCGAUCCAGUCCCACAGUGAGUGGAAAAUCUGCGUCCGAGUCCAAAGCUCUGGAUAUGCUCCAACAGCACGCCAGCCAGUACAAGAGCAAAUCGCCCACAGUGGCAGAGAAAACGACCCAUGACCGAGAGCGCAGUGGAGCUGAGAGGGAGAGAGACGGAGAACGACCCAGAUCUUCACCCUCGCAGCGCAUCAUCCCAUCACAUCAUCACCUCGGAUAUCAGCUUCUGCCGGGACAGUACGACCUGUCCUAUGCUACAGGUAUCUCCUCUUCAGCCAUUGUUGCCAGUCAACAGGCCUCUGCCCCUUCACUUUACCCUCCAGCACGGAGGUGAGAAUGGGAGAAGUGAGCGUUUUUCUGCAGACGUGUGACUGGUUCACAUGAGGACGCGGUUGGGGAGCUUCUGCCAUCAGUUCAAUGAUGUGCUCAGUUUAUUUACGCUAUAUUUUUCCCAGCAUCUUUGACCACUGUCGUCAGAGAAGGGAAAGUGUACAGCCUCCAUCUACACUUCGCACAUCCUCGCUCUCUGUGCUGCUGGCUUCAUCUUCAGGAGAGCGGAGAUACGGCAGAGAUCUACACCACGCUCCCCGGAUAAACGUGGACCUGCACAGUGUGGGGAAUCUCAGAUGAACGUUCUGGAAGUCACUACGUUGAGUUUAAAGCAUGGGCGAAGCAUACUGUUCUGAACUGCUGCUCUCGAGGAUUAUUGUUGUUGUUUUUAUUCCCCGUCGAAGGAUUCCUGCGUAUUAUUUUUCAUACACAGUCUCUGUGGACUCUAUGCAAGUGGAAAAGGUUUGAUUUCCUCACUCGUUCAUUCAGGGCAGUGAAGUUCGUGUUUUAUUUACUGUUGCGAAGCCAUCGACAGUUCAGGAGGCUUUUUUAAUGCACUUCCCUGUCUUAACGUUGAGUUUUUGGAAAAUAGGCACAUUUUACAGCUCCUCUGGAGUUAAAACUUGUUUAAUUUGAUCAUUUUUUAAUCCAAUCAGCUAAUCUCUAGGACUGGCAGAAGCACUUUUAGCUUAGCUUAGCAUAGAUCAUUGAAUCGGAUUAGACCGUUGGCAUCUCACUCAAAAAUAACUGAAGAAUUUCGAUCAUUUUUCCAAUUUAAAACUCGACUCUUUUGUAGUUACAUUGUGUAUUAAGACGAAACAAUUAAAGAAUGGAAAGUUGCUCCCUUUUUUUUAAACAAAUUAUGUCAAGGACCUGAACUCUUAUUCAAUAUUUAAGGAUCUUUAAUGCUGUACUAUGGCUUAAGCAAUGCAAUGAUAUUACACAGCACCUGAAAACAGUCCUCAUCUUGGUGAUUAUUAUAUUAUUACCAAUAUUUAUUUUCAGGCACCACAUAAUAUCAUUGUGCUGCUUCAGCCAUUGUACGGCCGUAAAGGUCUAUUGGUUAUUACACCAGACUGAGAUUUUAGCUCCUAGCCAUAGAGACCUACACAAUAGCAUAAAAACUAUUCAUUUUCUGUCUGUCUUCGUACAUGAUGUAACUACAGAAGAGUCAAGCUUUCAAUAGAACAAUAAUCCAAACUCUUUGGUCGUUUUUGAGUAAGAUGCUAAUGGUCUAAUCUGAUUCAAUGAUCUAUGCUAAGCUAAGCUAAAAAUUCUUCAGCCAGACCCGGAAAUCAGCUAAAUGCAUUUAAAAAUGCUAAAACUCAACUCUUUAAUACUAGGAGGGCUGUAAAAUGAGUCUCUUUCCAAAACAAAAGUGAAGAAUUCCUUUAAUUUCCUCCAUGCUCCUUUUGUUUUUCAUUUGUGAGUGUUAAACAACAAGUCGCCACUCCAAUGCUUUGUUCUUGAAUAGGCAACGAAUCCUCGUUGGUCUAUCUAACAAUGAUUUUUGACAUAUUUUGGAUUAUCCAGGUCUGAUGGAACGCCCCAAAAUCCAGGAACUGUGACUUCCAGACUGGACACAAUCCUAUCAGCUCUAGAUGGUCAUUUGGCACACAAUAAAGUGUGUGUGUGUGUGUGUGUGUUUGCCAAUGGAGUUACCAGACUGAACUGUCUGUGUCUGGUCACAAACUGAAUUUUCACACACGAAUACUUCGAUAUGCUGCUUGCCAAUCUCAUGCCAGUCCAAAACAGGGCAAACCUUGAAGGCUUAGAGCGAUCUGAGAUGGAAAACCCCGAAUGAAGCGUCGAUCCAGACUUCUUUUAAGACUCGCAGAGCACCAAGCGAAGAAGCUGGAACCGGUCUUUCUCUGCAUGGUUUGAUCCAGCACUCAGCAUUAACCCAAACAGAGCAAUGCAACACAUGCAGGCGUCCUUCCUUUUCUCCCUCACUAUGUGCUUUCUGUAUAUAUUGUACAAAGGAAUUAUUUUAAAAAGGUUGUUGGAUGCUAUCGGAUUUUCUUACUAUCUCUCUUUGUUUUGUUUUUUUCGUCUGUUAGCCUUUUUUUUUUCUACCAUUGUUGACAUAAUAUCAACGUUUAGCUGGUGUACGGCUUUAUAUUGGAAGUUUUGUUUGUUUUUUUACUCCUUUUUCUACCCCUCCUCUUGAGUCAAGUCUGCCCCACUCUGCUAGGAAAGCGUUUAGAAGCACAUCCUUUUUUUUUUUUGUUGCGUUUACUGAAAUAAAGUCGAUUUUAAUAAAACAUCCCCUUCAAAAAAAAGAAGCAUAAGUUCAUAUUUCAGUAGGGAAUCUGCUUGGAAACUAUAGAUAAUGAAGCGAUAGCCUAUAUGGAGCUCACGUUUUUUGGUUCCGGUUCAUCUUCAUGCAGUUAUUGUGUGAAUCUCAAACUCUCAGGAGAGCAUUAUUGAAAUCUGAGCCUUUGAAAUCAUCCUGGCAUGUUCAUCGCUCUCUGCGGCGUUCAAACUCCAUUAUUAAACGGCACAGGGAAGACGACAUUACAUAACGUAAUCCGUUUCUAACGAAGAUACAGCUUUUUCCCCAUGUUUAACAUGGCAGUUUUGAGUUUUAUCGUCAUACUGAGAUGUCUGUAGUCAGAAAUGUUCAGCAUAUGCAACUUUUAUUUUUCAAGAUUUUUAAUUCGGCGUUAAUUUCAAAGCCUCCGCCGUCCCUUCGUCUAUUCUGAACUAAUGCUAACGAGGCCUAAUUGCACAUUAAUUUAGUUUAGUCUUUACAUUAUUCUCUCUGUGGUGAUUAAAAACUUCUGAUUUUGGAUCAGCUAAAGAGUUACUGGUCUCAGAUCUCGCGCUAAUAUGAGAGAGUUAGCAUUUUUAUAUAUAGUAAUAACCUCACUUUUUAGUUGUACUGUCUUUGCGCCAGUAAACCUGUGCUGUCUGGUGACUUGAUUCAUAAUUGUUGAGGAAAAAGCGCUUGAUUGUUUUAAUUUAUUUUUCGAGGGUUCUUCUUUUUUUGUUGUUAUUGCUGUUGUUUUUUCUAGUUGGAAGUUGUAGAAAGGUGAAACGGCCGCUUUUUGUUUUAACAGUUCAAACAUUGGUUCACAUUUGUCUCAGACGGUGCUAAUAUAUAGCCUGCCCUGUGCAAUCCUCAUGGGAAGAGAAGAGGGAGAUUUUGGUUUAUUUUUUCGUUUUCUGUUCGUAUUAUUAGCCCCUCCCCAACACAUCCUGCGAAUUAAGCUCCGCCCACCCAACGUUUGUGGAGCGCAGCAGCGUCUCCGUGUGUCAGUCAUCGGUACUUGAAAGAAAGAUGUUUACAUCAUUUCUGCGUUUGGAUCCAUUUCUUUUUUGCGAACCAUCACUUUCGUUUCUCGCUGCCUCUGUCCCACUCUCUCUUCCUAGGGAUCUCUCAUGUAAAGUGUAAAUUGCUACAUUUUUUUAUACAAUACUGUAACUUGCCUUUGUACAUUUAGGCAGAAAAUAAAUCUUUUUAUGAGACAAUCA